AUGCCUACGAUCAUCAGUAAGCUUGAUACCGCCGCUUUCGUUGCCGUAAGACAAUGUUCCACUCCAUUCGAGGUUAGUCAAGUGAUCGGCAGCAACAUGGCGUGUCGCCGGUGGAGCGUUGUGUUGCUUGCAAUCGCUGUUCUUUCGGUGGUGAAUGUGGAACUGGGGGCUUCCCAGCGAUGCGGACAAGUGCAGGUCCUGAAGCAAGGACUUAUCUUCGGUGGUACGAGUUCCUCUCCGGGCAUGUGGCCAUGGCACGUAGCUCUGUUCCAUCGGGAAUCGAUUAGGCGAACGACCUACAAGUGUGGUGGUACCAUCAUCAACACGGACACCGUGCUGACGGCUUAUCAUUGUGUCCAGGAAAACCAGCGUCCAAUCGCGGCGGGACGGCUGGUGGUUCGAGCAGGAAUAUUUGACCUUGACGUCGGUGGUAGUUCCGUGCAGGAAAACCGAGUAUUUGACGUUAUCUCGCCACCGGGAGCAAGCGCACGCACCUUCAACGAUGACAUUACGAUCCUGAAGAUGCAAACCCAGUUCACCUGGGACGACUACGUGCAGCCCGUCUGCAUUCAAGGAGUGUCCGAGGACAUCGAGCGGCUCGUAGGCACGUUCGGGACGGUGGUUGGGUGGGGCUGGACCGAGUACAAUUCCACCUCGGCCACCCUGCGCCAAGCCAGCGUUCCGGUGGUAAGUGCCGAGGAUUGUCUGAAAAGUGACCGGAACCUGUUCAGCCAGGUCCUGACGACGAAAUUGUACUGUGCCGGCAGCCGGAACGGUACCUCAAGCUGCAACGGUGAUAGCGGCGGUGGCAUGUUCUUCAAGAUGCGUGGCUACUGGUUCCUGCGCGGCGUGACGUCAUUUUCCGCGGUGGACGAACAGCAGGCCAAUAUCUGCAAUUCGCGCAGUUACGUCGGCUACACCGACGUCGCCAAGUACGUCGAAUGGUUGCGCGAGAAGGGCGUUCGUUUCGAGGAUCCGCUGGAGCAAACGGUAACGACGCGAAAACCUGUUCGAGGAGACGCCAACACGGCGCUACUGCGGCUGUCUGUGGAUCCUAAGACGAAGAAGUUUCUGCAGCAGCAUAAGGGCAAUGUAUUGUUGAGAGUCCAAUUGAACGGACGCCGGGUGGAGAGCUUGUUUCAAUAA